UCCUUUUUCUUUUUAGACCAUGGCAACACUGGUGUAGGAGAUAUAUAUUAAUAGCCGUUUGACAAAUGACGAAAUGUCAAGAUCCGAAACGGAUUAGCAAAAUUAAAUGGGGAAAAUCACAGUAGACAAUGUUGAAUCUGAUUCCGAUGAUGGAAGCGUUUCGAAGCAAACGUGGAAUAAGCUCCAAAAUGCCUGUCAUUCGCAAGGUUAUCGCGAAGGACUGAUCGAAGGAAAAGAUCGAAAAUUACAAGAAGGCUUUGAUCAGGGCUACCUGUUUGGUUUCAAGCAAAGUCAGAAUUCAGCAGAGAUGAAAGGAUUUCUAAGUGCUGUCAUGCUUCAUAAUAUUCGUAAUUUGGAGUUAAAUGAAAAGUUAAAGACAAUUCUUGCAGACAUGUAGGUUAGUCUGGGAUAAGUAAAGAAAUAAACCUCAGUCAUGAAACUGAAUACCUUGGCAGUGUCAUUCCCAAGCAUUUGUUGACCAACACAUACUAUUAACUAAUAAUAUUAUUGUUAUGGCAUUAAAAUAUAUUUUUCAAUUUGAACGUUUAACCUGAAAUACAACAAAAACAUGAUUACCUCACUUAUUCAUUCAGAAUUUGCACGUGGUAUUCAGUUUUGUAGUUCUCACGUACAGCAUUUUUUCUCUAACAUUUAAGAGCUUGAGUUUACAGGCAACUUUUAAAAAUGAAACAUUUAUAAUCUAGCUUUUUUAUGAAGCUGGCAAUUUAUUUUGUUCAAUUAAGAAGGGAGGGAAAGAUUAAUUGGACAGAACACCUUUUCGUAUUGGAAAACAUUUACCCUAUUAGUUGGCAAUCAUAGGGCCCAUUUCGCUUGUAUGUUCACAAAAAAUAAGUAAUCACUGAGCGAGGCAGACAAC